UGGCCUCAGGCCAGAAAUUCGGCAGCUUCGUUUCCCGCAAACUGAUUCACCCAUCAUUUUAUUCUCCCCCCUUCUAUCUUCUAUCCCGGACCUAGCUGGCUUAGACACCCUGCCAUGCCCUUGCGCAUAACAUCCUCUCCCGUAUCUGGUGUCAAGAAGAACAAAAAGCCCGCUAGCUUGAGGCCGCGCGCCUCUCCCUUCGCUUCCCAUGCUCGUCGCAAGGCUUCGGCGCCGUCAUCGUCCGGUGCUUCAAAGCUCUACGGUGAGCACGAGUAUGAUCAAGGCUCAUUGCCAGACUUCGGAACAUCGCGCUACAUUCCCGAAACUACACCAGUGAACGAUGUGGUCCAGGCUCUCCAGUACAUCCACCACAGCAUGUUCGAGAGCCUCCCUCGCCGAGUGGGGAUGAACAGCGCGCGCAUCGCCGAAGUUCUCAAUUUCCGUCGCUCUCUUCCUCCCCUCGCCUCCGUCGCACAUGUUCAUACGCUGCUGGAUUCACCUACCGAGGUAGAGAAGGAGAUCGUGGAGCUAGUGCACGUCGGCCGGGUUCGUCGCUUGAUCGUUCCCGAGAGAGGAAACGAUGCUGCUGGGUUAGGCGAUUGCCUUGUUUUGACCGAGGAAUGGGAGCGGCUGGUGCAAGAUAGUUCCGCUCUGGAUACACCACUGAAAGGCAAGUUUCUGGAACUGCUUGGUCGGAUCGGAAACACAUGCGCCAUCCCUGGGACAGCCUUCUCUCUGCCGGAGACUAUGGCCUUGGUCCGGGCCGGCUUUCUCGUCUCCUCGUCAGCCUUGGCCAAGGGUUCCUCGAGCCUUGCUUCCCUCCCCGUCUUUCCCGCGACCUCCACCAUCCCAGCUUCCGCUUCCGCGAGACAAGGUGGCACUGAGCAAACCGCCGAUGUCGGAUCGAGUUCUGAUUCGCAAUCUCAUACGGCGACGUUCUUCAUUUCACUUCCAAAUACCGGACCCUACCUUCGUCUGCUGAGCGCUAGCCGUUCACACCUACUCUCGCUCCUGAAAAGGUCGAGUUCGAGUGAGGUCCCUGGCUACCUGCUGCGUGACCGCUGGGAUGGGGCAGUUGAGAGCGAAAAGAGUUUCAGCGCGGCGAAGAGAGCACGAGGCGAGUUUGCGGGUAUCUUACCUGGUCGGACGAAAAGAUGGAAGGAGCUCUAUGGGAUAAACUUCCGCUGGGUUCUGGAGGAGGCGCUCGGGGCUGGGUUAAUCGAAAUCUUUGAUACGGGCAGCGUUGGCCCUGGGGUGCGCUGCCUAUGAUCUGGGUAUAUGUCCAGUCGAUGGACGAAUCUAUGCCAGAUGACACUGGGGCGGG